AGUUCUUCGUUUUAGGUCGAGAGCUAGGCCGCGGGGAGUUCGGCGUGACGUGUCUCGCGACUAGCAAGGCAAACGGCGAGCAGGUGGCCGUUAAGUCCAUCCCUAAGCGGAAAUUAAAGACGGCCGUGGAUAUCGAGGAUGUGCGGAGGGAGGUGGCAAUUAUGCACCACUUACCACCGCACCCUAACAUCGUGGGACUUAAAGGGGUAUUUGAGGAUCGGCACGCGGUUCACAUCGUUCAGGAGCUGUGCGAAGGCGGGGAGUUGUUCGAGCGGAUUAUAGCGAGGGGGCAUUAUAGCGAGCGAGCGGCGGCUGUUAUCACACGGACUAUCGUGGAGGUCGUGCAGGUGUGCCACAAGCACGGGGUGAUGCACCGGGAUUUAAAGCCCGAGAACUUCCUGUUCGCGAACAACCAGGAGGACGCGGCGUUGCGAGCGAUCGACUUCGGCCUGUCCAUCAUGUUCAAGCCGGGCGAGACGCUGAGCGAGAUCGUGGGCAGCCCGUACUACAUGGCGCCCGAGGUGCUAAGGAAGAACUACGGACCCCUGGCGGACGUGUGGAGCGCAGGCGUGAUCCUUUACAUCCUGCUCUGCGGCGUGCCCCCCUUCUGGGCAGAGACGGAGCAGGGAGUGGCGCAGGCAGUGCUGCGGUCGCAGGUGGACCUGAAGCGGGACCCAUGGCCCAAGGUGUCGGACGGUGCCAAGCACCUCGUCAUGCUCAUGCUUCAGCCCGACACCUCCAAGCGCCCCACCGCGCAGCAAGUGCUCCAGCACCCGUGGCUGAGGGAUGCCAACGAGGCGCCAGACACGCCGCUGGGAGUGGAGGUGCUGUCGCGCAUGCAGUCGUUCCAGGCCAUGAACAAGCUCAAGAAGAAGGCGCUCAAGGUCAUCGCCGACCAGCUGUCAUCAGCGGAGGAGAUGCAGGGGCUACAGGAGGUGUUCAAGAUCAUCGAUGUGAACGGGGACGGCACGCUCACUCUCGAGGAGCUCCGCAACGGCCUCCGCCGCAUCGGCUCUCCGCUCUCCGAUGCUGAAGUGCAGGCGCUCAUGGAUGCGGCGGACAUUGACGGCAACGGUGAAAUCGACUACAGCGAGUUUGUGGCGGCAACGAUGCAUCUGCAGCGCGUGGACAACGAGAAGAACCUGCAGGCGGCGUUUGACUUCUUUGACUCGGACCGCAGCGGGUUCAUCGACAUUGAAGAGCUGGCGGACGCACUGGGGGCGGACUUGACGUCACUCAAGGAGAUUCUGGCUGAAGUGGACACCAACAAUGACGGCAAGAUCAGCUUUGACGAGUUCAAGGUGAUGAUGCGCAAGGGCACGGACCUCAGGGGCAGUUUGCGCCACUUCUCCAAGAGCCGCUCCUCGCUGCGUGCCCUGCUCAAGCUCAGUGAAAUAGACCUGGCUGGAGGCGCCACCGAUGGCGCCCCGGCUGACUCUUGA